CCAAGUCUGAGAAGGGCAGGAGCAAUCCAUGGCCUCACAUCAGUAAUUGAGAAAACACUACAGAGGGUGAGGGAAGGUGGAGAAGAUCCAAAAAAAGAAACAAAAACAGAAAUCCACUGAACUCAGAAAGUAUAUAAUGCGUUGGGGAGCGGAGGGCAGUCCCACUGGGAAAGACUCAGUCCUGACGAAGAGACCAUUCUGUUCCCUACCGAAAUGAAGCUGCUGUUGAUGCUGCUGCUGCUGGCUUUGGAGCUGACUCUAGUCUGUGUCCACGCAGAAGGAGAAACUAGUGCCAUGGGAAAGAACUUUAAUCCAAAAAAGGUAGAAGGGAAAUGGUAUUCCGUUGGCCUGGCCUCUGACAAAAGAGAAAUGAUAGAAGAAGAUGGCAGCAUGAGAGUUUUUGUGGAGGACAUCCAUGUCUUUGAGAACUCUUCCUUGGCUUUUAAACUCCAUACUAAAAUAAACGGAGUGUGCACCGGGCUGUAUUUAGUUUGUGAUGAAACAGAAAAGGAUGGUGAAUAUUUUGUUGAAUAUGAUGGGCACAAUAAGUUUACUAUGCUUGAUACAGACUAUGAUGGUUAUGUUAUAUUUCAUCUCAGAAAUGUCAACAAUGGGGAGACGUUCCAGCUGAUGGAGCUCUAUGGCCGGAAACAAGACUUGAGUUCCAAAAUCAAGGAAAAGUUUGCGGAGCUAUGCAAGAAGCAUGGCAUUGUUGAGGAAAACGUACUGGACCUAACUGAGGCUGAUCGCUGUCUCCAGGCCCGAGAUGGAGGAAAGGCCUGAGCUUCUGGUGUCGAGUGGGGACCCUUCACCUGGACCUCAGCAUCAUCCCUCCCUGUCCACACGCCGUCCUGUGACAAGUUCUGUGAUCUGAUUCCCAUCGCUGACACCCAGGAAAGCUUACUCCCUGCAUCCCCAGAAUCUUCCCUGAUUACCUGGGAGGACUCAUGGAGAAUCAAAGGCUUUCUUUUAAAUUUCUUUUUGCCACACCCACAACUCUCCAUGAAUGUCCUCCUCUCCCUGUUCAAUAAAAGAUUACCCCUGCAGUUACA